AUGUACGAGGUCCUGUUCAGGAAGUACCUCCGCGACCCGCAGCUAGCUGACCCGCGCCCACCACCCCUCACCCUGGAGGAGGUCAAUGGCGCCAUGGACGAGCUGGUCGGUAUGUCCGCUGACACGGUUUUGUCGUACUACCAUCCCGACGCGGCCGACAUGCUGAACAGCUGCAUGGACCUCCGUCGUGUGCUGAGGGACCUGCGGGACCCCAACACCCGCAUGAAGAAGAGGGUUCACCGCACCGGCCCCCACUCCUUCAACUUCUUUAGUCGGCGGGGACUGGAUCAUGGAUCCAAGAGGGACUUUGCCGUACUUGGCCCGGCCCUGGAGGGCCUUAUGAGUCAGGAUCAAAUGAUACUGGACGGGGAGAUGGUUGUGUGGAACAAGACCAGACAGGUGUUUGAACCGUUUGGCGGUCUGAGCGCCGCCAUUGACGCCAUCAAUGUGGGGGCAGGGCCGGGGGAGAGGAUUAGAAUGAAGAUGGGCACCUCCGUCAACACCAGCGACCCGGACUACGUCUUCCCCACUGCCGCAGAUGUGGAGGUGGUGUAUGUCGUAUUCGACGUGCUGUACAUGGACGGAAGCUCGGUGCUGGAUAAACCCUUGGCGGAGCGCCACCAGCUGCUCCGAAGGGCCUUACGCAGCUGCCCCCCCGAGGGACUUCCCGUGGGCCCUACGGGUGUGAUCAGGUUUCGUGCCGUACCGCUACUGCCCGGGAUGAAGUUGCUGGGUGGCGAGGUGUACAGCAAGGAAGGUACGGGCGAGGACGACAUAAAGGACGUGUACGAACGGGCGCUGGCCAAGCAGGAGGAGGGCAUCGUCAUCAAGGCACUGGACUCGCCGUACAAGCUCAACGACCGCUCCGGAACCUGGCUCAAGGUCAAACCCGAUUACGUGGACAGCAGCGAGUUCGAUGCGCUUGCUUCCCACACCCGGGGUCAUUCGUCAGGUGGUAAUCGGGGCGGCGUGGGGAACUGGCGGCAGACGUGGCGGGCGUUUGAGCGAGUACCUUCUGGCCCUGGCCGACACCCCUCGGGUGCCGGGGGCGGAACCGUCUACCUUUGUCAGCUUCUGCCGGUUAAUGUGGAGGUGGACGUGUUUGGGGGGCGGUACAUCUUGCUCCGAGACCUAACCACGGAGCAGAGGCGGCAACUGGCGGCGCUGAUCAAGAAGUUGGGGGGAGUAGAGACCCAGAAUUUCGUUCCAUCGGGCCCGCAACGCACGUCGUACAUCAUCGUGGGGCGCUGCGAUCCCCCCCGGCUCCCCGCCGAUCCCGUGCUGGGGCCCCUGGCCGCCCGGCUCGACCUGCUGCGACCCGAGUGGCUGAUGCGGGUUUCGGAGCGGAGAGAGCUGCUGGAGCCCCCACCCCCCUCCCUGGCGUGGAGCAUCAGUGUGACGACCCGCGAGCAGUACUCUGCCGUACUGGAUCCGUACGGCGAUCCGUACUUUGAGCAGUUGGGCGAGGAGGACUUGGAGGCGGUUUUGUGUCGUCACAUCACGUCCGAGCAACUGGCGGCUGCUCGGCGGCUGUUGGAGGCGGCGGCGGAGAUGCCAGCCAGGGCGCGGCGGCGGGCGAGGCAGGCGGAUGCCAGGCGACAUACAGACGGCCGAACUACCCUGUACGAAACGGCCGACGACAUCGUACGACGGAUCCGGGACGAGAUUCACGACAUUGGCGAGAAGCCGCCGCCAGGUUCUAUGUUUCUUGGCCUGACGCUGCUGUUCCUGGAAAUGCACGACAUUCCGCCGCCGCCAGCGCCGCCGCCGCGCAUAUCCGCGCCGCUGGGGCUGCUGACGGGUGUGGCAGACUGUACGGCACGCGCACACAAGGCCAUCGCGGAGGACCCACGGGACCGCGUGGAGGCGCUCAAAGCGGCCGUGGUACGACACGGCGGCGUCGUGGUGGAGGCGUGGGACGAACGCGUCACACAUCUCGUACUGUACGACGGGGUGGACGAGCAGAACGAGCAGCUGCGGCGUGUGCUGGCGGCGGAAUGGGAACAACGCUACGGCGGUACCGGGGGGGCUGCUGCUACAGCUGCCAGUGCUGCUACUGCCGCCGCCGCCGCGGUGCAGUACAGUCCCGAGGAGGUGAUUGAGGCGCUGAUUGGGGUGGCGGAAUGCGCGGAGGACGAGGACGCAGCGGCGACGGCAGAAGAGGACGAGCAGGAGGAAGCGGUGUACGGCAGCAGCGGCGGCAACGGCGGCGGUGGCAAGGGUUCGGACCGGCAGCCGUUUUCCCCCCAGCAGUCUCGUUGCUUGUCUCUCAUCCGGGCGGCCUUGGAGCGACCGCGCGGGGUUGUGGAGGCGGUGGGCGCCGUACAGCUCGUGGACUGGCGGUGGGUGCGGGACUCCCUGCGGCGGGCGGCGGAGGCAGCGGCGGCGGCCGCAGCGGCGGCGGCAGCCAGGAACAGACGCGCCGGCAUGCAGCUCGGCCCCGAAGGCGAUGAAGACGAAGACGAGGAGGACGAGGACGAGGAGGGGGAGGGGGAGGAGGACGCGGCGGCUUCUGCGGCCCUAGGCACCUUGUCCGAGCUGGACUAUCCUCCACAUACAAGGCCCCCGGAGGAGUGGAUCAUGCCGCAGAGGCAGCAGCAGCAGCAGCGGCGGUGUGAGGUCCCGGAGGCGCGGCUGGAGGGGGCGGCGGCGGCGGCGGCGGAUGUCAACGGCGGCGGCGGCGAUGUGGCCUCAGGCCCCACCGCGAUGCAAUCGUUCGGCGCAGGCAAUGGCGGCGAGCCCGGAGCGCAUAUGGUGGCGGCGGUGCCGUCACCGCCGCCGCCGCCGCCGCCACGGAAUGCUGCCGAGGGUGGCGGCGGUGGCGGCGGCGGUGGCGGCGGCGGUGGCGGCGGCGGUGGCGGCGGUGGCACGUUCACACUCGCGAGUAGGUGGAGGUCGAUAUUGGACCUGGAUAGCGACGAGGAGGGCGGCAUCGGCGGCGGCGUCGCCGCCGCUGCCGCCCAAGGUACGGCAACAGCGACCGCCACUCCACCACCAGCGUCGCAGGCCGAAAUCACUGCCGACGGCGUUGCCGCCAUCCCUGCCGUACAGCCGCCGCCGCCGCCGCCGGACGAGUUCAUCCGGCUUUGGCCCUGGGACCGAUUUCACAUCAGCCUCCCGGGGCCUGAGGAGAUCGCCAAGAUGGGAACGCAACAGCGGCGCCGCCGACGCCAAUCUGACGGUACCUCUGGCAGUAUGGAUGGUACGACAGUCAGCAGCGGUGGCGGCACUACCGGCGUCUCCGGCGGACACGGAAGCGACGGCGGCGUCGCGAGUGCGGGUGGCAUCGGCGGCGGCGGCGGCGGAGGCAGUAGCCGUUGUCGCAGCCAGCGGCGAGGCGUUGAGGCGCCGUCGCCUGUGGGGAGUAACGCCGAAGGCGGCCGGCGGAGGCGUCAGGGUCAGCAACGUCCGGCUCAACGGGGGAAGGAAGAGGAGCGGCAGGAUACGCAGCAGCUGCAGGGCGAUCUGAAUGAGGACGGCAAUGACGCCGUCACCGCCUCCGCCUCCGCCUCCGCCGCAGCGGCUGAACGGUCCCCACCAGCGGCGGCCUCAAAGGCGGCGUCGCGGCGGCGGCCACGCGCCGGGCGCGGCGGCAAAGCCGCCGCCUCCGCCGCUGCCACCACGGCUACCGCCACACUGCGCGCAGGCCGCAAACGGGUUGUGGCGGCAGCGGCUGCGGAGGUGCUUGCCGGCGGCGAGGCCGACGGCGAGGAUGUCGGGGCAGCGGGAGCGGCGGCGGCGGCAACGGCGGCGGCGGCGCCGCCGCCGCCACCGCUGCGCAAGCGCCGCCUGAAGGACCUUCUCGCGGGCAGUCCCGCCCGCCAGACGGCGCCAGGUACAGCAGGCGGUGCCGGCGGCGGCGGCGGCGGCGGCGCGGAAGGAGGGCUGCUGCUGCUUGGGAAUGCCAGAGAGGAGAUUCCGCCGGCGGAUCGGGACCGUACUACACCGCCGCCGCCGCCGCCGCCGCGGCUGACGCCGGAGGAGGGGGAGGCGGCCCGGCAGCGGCGGUUCCACCGUCGGCGCAUUCGCCGCGAACUGUGCUGGGUGCUGGGCGGCUGGGCCACCACGCUGCUGCUGCUGCUGCUUCUGCUGGUGGUGCCGCUCCUGGCGGUGUCGGAGGCGGGAGGAGUGUCGUACCCGGUGUUUUGA